AUGGAAUCAAAUCAGAAAUGCGGGGACGGCUUGACCGGCGCUCAGAAGGACGCUGCCCUCCGCGCCUUAAUGCAGCGCACAGGAUAUAAUUUGAUCCAGGAAAAUGGGCAGAGGAAAUACGGAGGCCCCCCGCCGGGCUGGGACGGCCCUCCCCCGGAGCGGGGCUGUGAGAUCUUCAUCGGGAAGCUGCCCAGAGACCUCUUUGAGGAUGAGCUGAUACCUCUCUGUGAGAAAAUUGGCAAAAUCUAUGAGAUGAGGAUGAUGAUGGACUUCAAUGGCAACAACAGAGGCUAUGCCUUCGUGACCUUCUCCAACAAACAAGAGGCAAAGAAUGCAAUAAAGCAGCUGAAUAACUAUGAGAUCAGGAACGGACGCCUGCUGGGGGUCUGUGCCAGCGUGGACAACUGCCGCCUCUUCGUGGGGGGCAUCCCCAAGACCAAGAAGAGGGAGGAAAUCUUAUCAGAGAUGAAGAAGGUGACAGAUGGAGUGGUGGAUGUCAUUGUCUACCCCAGUGCAGCUGACAAAACCAAGAACAGGGGCUUUGCUUUCGUGGAGUAUGAAAGCCACCGGGCAGCAGCCAUGGCCAGGAGGAAGUUGCUCCCAGGAAGGAUCCAACUGUGGGGACAUCCAAUUGCUGUGGACUGGGCAGAACCUGAAGUGGAGGUGGAUGAAGACACCAUGUCAUCAGUAAAAAUUCUCUAUGUCAGGAACCUCAUGCUCUCCACCACUGAGGAGACCAUAGAAAAGGAGUUCAACAGCAUCACACCAGGUGCAGUAGAGAGAGUCAAGAAAAUCCGGGACUAUGCCUUCGUGCACUUCAACAAGAGGGAGCACGCAGUGGAAGCCAUGAAGGCCUUGAAUGGGAAGGUGCUGGAUGGAUCUCCGAUCGAGGUGACCUUAGCCAAGCCCGUGGACAAGGACAGCUACGUGCGCUACACGCGGGGCACGGGGGGCAGAGGCUCCAUGCUGCAAGGGGACUACACCUACGCCUUUGGGCACCUCUACGACCCUGCCACCGCCUACCUGGGCCCCCCAGUGUUCUACGCACCCCAGACCUAUGCAGCCAUGCCCAACCUCCACUUCCCUGCUGCCAAAGGGCUGGGCAACAGGAGCGUCAUCCGGCCCCCCUCCAUCCGAGAAAUUUACAUGAAUGUACCUGUAGGGGCUGCGGGCGUCAGAGGCCUGGGAGGUCGCGGCUACCUGGCGUACGCAGGGCUGGGGCGCGGAUACCAGCUGAAGGGAGAAAAGAGGGCAGAGGAGAAGCUCUACGACCUCUUGCCAGGAAUGGAGCUCACCCCCAUGAACCACAUCGCUCUCAAGCCCCAAGGGAUCAAACUGGCUCCUCAGAUCCUAGAAGAAAUCUGCCAGAAAAACAACUGGGGCCAGCCUGUUUACCAGCUCCACUCUGCCAUUGGCCAAGACCAGAGGCAGCUCUUCCUCUACAAAGUCACCAUCCCAGCCCUGGCCAGCCAGAACCCCACCAUACAUCCCUUCACACCACCCAAGCUCAGUGCCUACAUCGACGAAGCCAAAACCUACGCCGCGGAGUACACCCUGCAGGCCCUGGGCAUCCCCACCGAGGCAGCUGAGGUGCCUCCUGCAGUGCCAGCUUUUCCAG